AUGUCGACUGCGAGCAUUGCAGAGGCCAACCAGCCCUUUCCCGCUCAUCCGUUCUCCAAGAAUCCUCUUCGUACUCGAGACGAUGUUGUAGCAGCAUGUGCAUCAUUUUUGGAUCCAUUGGAGGCAGGCUUCUCGCCUGGUCGUGCUCUUGUCAGAGUAGGCGGAACGGGGACACGAUUCGACGAAACCGCCGCCCAAAUCGAAGGCUUCGCCCGCCCACUCUGGGGACUCGCACCCCUCCUGGCCGGCGACAGCGCCUACAAAAACACCAACCUCUUCGUCCAAGGCCUCAUCUCCGGCACCGACCCCAAUGGCUCCGAAUUCUGGGGCAACAUGUCCGACCUGGACCAGCGCAUGGUGGAGUCUUGCCCGAUCGGCUUUACUCUCGCAGUGGCUGGCAAGGACUUCUGGGACCCGCUCACUCCGCAGCAGAAGGAUAAUGUAGCCGCCUGGAUUGGGAGCAUGAACGACAAGGAGAUGCCUAAUACGAAUUGGCUCUGGUUUCGUGUGUUUGCUAAUCUGGGGCUCAAAGCUAACAACGCGCCGUACUCUCACGAGCGGAUUGAGAAGGAUAUGGACCACCUUGACACUUUCCAUCGUGGCGAUGGAUGGUCCAAUGACGGACCUGAGGGGUACACGCAGAUGGACUACUACUCCGGCUCCUUCGCAAUCCAGUAUCUCCAACUUCUCUACGCCCGUCUGGCCGAGUCCUUCGACCCCAAGCGCUGCGAAGAAUACAAACGCCGCGCAAAGUCCUACGCACUAGACUUCAUCCACUAUCAAGACUCCAACGGCCACUCGAUCCCCUUCGGCCGAAGCCUCACAUACCGCUUCGCCACCAUAGCCUUCUGGAGCGCCUUCGCCUACGCCUCCGUCGAGCCUCCCGCACCGCUCACCUGGGGCAUCGUUAAGGGGCUCUUCGUCCGCAACCUCCGCUGGUGGAGCAAGCAGCACCACAUUUUCCAACCAAACGGGAUGCUGAAUAUAGGCUACACGUACCCCAACUACUAUCUAGCCGAGAACUACAACUCCCCCGGCUCGCCUUACUGGUGCAUGCUGUCCUUCGCCUGCCUCGCGUUACCAGCCGACCACCCCUUCUGGACAGCGACCGAAGAACCGCAUCCAUUCACCCUCAAGUCGUCCCCACUGCCAGACAUCAAGUACCUCAAGCACCCAAAGCACAUCAUGGUCCACAAGAACAGCCAUACCUACUUAUUGUCAUCCGGCCAAAGCUGCCACUACCCACUCAAAGCCACGCAAUCCAAAUACGGACACUUCGCCUACAGCGCCUCGUUCGGGUACUCCGUGCCCACCGGCUCCUAUACCCUAGAGCAAUUCGUCCCGGAGUCCGCGCUGGCUUUCAGUGAUGAUGGAGGUGAGAUCUGGAAGCUGAGGCGGGAAGUCGAGGAUGCCCAGUUCUUCGAACGGGACGGGGUGCAGGGGUUGUACAGCGUGAUGAGGCCGUGGAAAGACGUGGAGGUUAGGACGUGGUUGGUGCCGCCCGUGGAGGGGUGGGGGAGUUGGCAUGUUAGGCUGCAUCGGGUUGUGGCGGGACGGGAUGUGCAGACGGCGGAGGGAGGGUUUGCUAUACUGGGGACGAGGAAGAAGGAUGGGAGGAUGUUAGGGCAGUUUGAGGAGGAGACGAAGGAGGGGACGAUGGUGGGAGAGGAUGGGGCGGUGGUGGUUAGUAAGGCCGGGGCGUCUGGGGUGGCGGAUCUGGCGCCGAGAGAUGUGAAUGGAGGCAGGAAGGGUGGCAUUUGCAAUGUUGAUGCUAAUAGCAAUUUGAUGGAGCCGAGGACGCUGUUGCCGACGACGUAUGCGGAUUUGAAGGCUGGGUCGACGACGUGGUUUGUCACUGCUGUAUUUGCGGUGCCGGCAGAGCGAGAGGGCUGGGAGAGCUGCUGGAGAGAGGAGUGGGAGAACAGGCCGAAGUUGGAGAAGUGGACGCAGGAUCUGAUGGAUGCGCAGUAG